CUCCUUUGCAUGAGCGUGCUAUUGAAGGGUGUUGAUAUGUGAACGUACGCGGUGAGCUCAACUCGCCAUCUCGUCUCGAUAGGAAACAUGCUUCAAUAGCACAUAGCACAGGAACUUGGCGUGCGUCGAUGUGGCCGGGGCUUCGACAGCUCUGGUAUUCUACGUCGUCCGCGUCGUCGAACUUGAGCUUGAAGGCUCAGCGCUCAGCGCUCAGCGCUUAGCUGCCUCUUCUUAGCCGCCCUUCGAGAAGCGCCUUUGUGGCGUGACCGUGUCGCGCCACCGGAAAUGAACGCGCCGCAAUAAUUCGAAGCUUCCAUAUCCCCAGCAUUCCGCCGUGACACUGACAGCCUCUGAGCCUGGGAGACCGCCAUGUCCGCCGUCCAGCAAAGACCCCGCGCGUGUCCUUCCCACCCCGCCCCCUGCCAGCCCACCCCCGAUCAUGGCCCUCCUCCGCGCCACCGACUCGCCCGAGUACACCGCCCGCACCCGCACGCCCUUCGCCCCGCCCCCGCCCUCGCUCUCCAUCAAGGCCGUCCACGCAGCCGUGCCCAAGCAUCUCUUUGCCCGAUCGACGCCAAAGUGUCUGCUCUACGUCGGUCGCCACGUCCUCCUCACCUACUGCUUCUAUCUGUUCGCAACGCGCAUCGAUGUCCUCGUGGGGGUGUUGCUCGAUCGGUCUGGCAUGACGAGGGGAGGGCGCGUCGAGGAUGCGCUGCGAUGGCUUAUGUGGUGGACGUACUGGUUCUGGCAGAGCAUUGCGUUCAUGGGCAUCUGGACGCUCGGACACGAGUGCGGCCACGACGCGCUCUCGCCGAAGCCAUGGGUGAACGCGCUCCUCGGAAUGGGACUCCACACGUUCGUCCUCACGCCGUACUGGGCAUGGCGGGCGACCCACCGGUCUCACCAUAAAGGCACGAACAACCUCCACCGCGACGAGACGUACCACCCGCAGACGCGCGAGGAGUUCAACCUGCCGCCGGAAGAGAAGGCGAGUGCGAUAGACUACCACGAGAUGAUUGAGGAGACGCCGCUAUACACGCUUCGGAAGAUGGUCCUCCGGCAAUUCCUGGGCUUCCAGCUCUACUUGAUACAUAAUCGCAAGGGAAACCCGAAGUAUCCGCCUGGAACGAGUCACUACAAGCCGAGCUCGAAGCUCUUCCGACCCGAGGAACGACACCUUGUCGUCGUCUCGGAUGUCCUGAUCGCGGGGAUGCUCGCGCUCCUCGGUGUCUGGGGGUGGAACUCGGGGUCGGGCACGGUGUGGAGGAUGUACCUCGUGCCGUGGCUGUGGGCCCAUAACUGGAUCGUGACGGUGACGUACCUGCAGCACUCGGACCCUACUGUGCCGUAUUACAGAGGCCAGUGGACGUUCCUCCGGGGCGCACUCGCGACGGUCGACCGGCCGAUCUUUGGCUGGGUCGGGCGGUUCUUCUGGCACGGCAUCGCGCACGACCACGUCGCCCACCACUUCUUCGUCGGGGUGCCGUUCUAUAACCUCCCUGACGUGACGGAGGCGAUCAAGCCCGUGCUCGGGGACUACUACUACUACGACUCGACGCCGACGCUCUAUGCGCUCUGGCGGAGCUUCACGCAGUGCAAGUUCGUCGAGAGCACGGGCGACGUCGUGUUCUUCAAGAACAUGCGCGGCGAGGCCGUGCGGGAGUGCUGCGUCGCGGAUGUGUGUCCCGCGAAGGAAGCGGGUGUGUUGAUGGUGCGAAGGAAGCGGCCGAGUUGGAUUUGAAGGGGUGCAGGACGAGGAGGAGGAUGUGAUGGGUGAUUGAGAUGCUGUGCAUCUAUGGAGGGCCAGAAGCGCCCGUGGACUGUCCGCUGCAAAGUGGGGAGAUAGGUGCAGUUGGGGGUUGUAGAGGCAACAUGGUGUAGAGGGCAACAUCACGUAGAGGCAACAUAGUGUAGCGGCAACAUGCGUAGCGGCAACAUGGUAGGUGGGCACACUGCUCUUGAACUCACACUCCACGCUAUGAUCACAACAGUCUCGUAUAUUCCACUC